AUGGCAGAUUUGAUGAACGACGCGCCAUCCUCGCCCAUUGACAGCAUCAAGACAAAGGCACCUGUCGAUGAUUCAAUCAAUACGGUCAGCUCUACGCUUGCUCCUAGCUCAACCUCUCGCGCAGGCGUUCCCAAGACCCAGACCAUCGAAGAGGGUGAAUUGGAGCUGCUCAAGAUGCAGGAGUUCUACAAAACCGAGCCCCUCGCUCGUUGCUUGGAUAACUAUGUUCCUCCCAAGCGAAACAAGGAGAAGGUGAAGGUUCUUUUUAUUGAGGAGGAUGAAAGUGCUUCGAUGCUGAAGGCGGCUAAGCUCGAGCUGCACAACACGCUCGCCAAGUCUCACGAGGCCUACGAGGAGCGCCACCCAUCCGCCAAGGAGGAACGUCUACAGCGUGAGGCAGCUGAGGCAUUCAAGAAGGGAGAGCCGUCCAAGAACAAUGUCUCGAGCAGCACACCAUCUGAGGCUAGCACCAAGUCCUCUCGUCGCGCCAAAAAGAAGGCUCUGCAGAAGGCCCAGAAGAAGGCAGAGAAGGUGGCAAAGCGCGAGGGCAUCGAUCCCAUCGACCCGAAGCCUUCGUCUUCGACUACCACGCAGCCUCCCCAAAAAGAAUGGACGCUGCGAGGCCAGUAUCCCGAGACGUUCGCCAAGAUCGACUAUUGGCGGUCUCUACCUGAUCCCGAUGCGCCGCAGUCAUCUUCUGCUACCCAGACGCCCGGCCUGGUCAAUCAGUCUAUCUCUAGCAAGGAUCGGGCCCCUCGCUACGGCGCAGUUUCUCACGCGGCUUCUCACGACGAUAGCCUCGCCAGCUCUGCCUCAUCCUCCGCCACCUUGGUCCCUUCGCAGAACCAGUCGAUCUCGGUCACGCCUGCUGACAGUCACUCGUCCGACAGCGAUAGCACCGACUACGAUCAGGACAACACCUCCCAGACUAUCAAUGAGUCCGAUGAAGCAGCCAUUCCGUCUUCCCAGGGUGCUAAUAAGCCGAUGAGCCAGCACUUCACUCAGAAGGUCGGCGCCGUGGUGAAGAAAGACAGCGAAGCCGGCAAAGGUGGAGAGGCAUUCCCGUUCAUCCAGAGAAACCCGGAGGAAGGCGGCGUGCGCAACUACCUCCACAUCUCAGAUGACGAGCUCUCUGACGGUGAAUCUGCGAAGGUCACAAAGGCCGUCGCGAAGCAGAAGGAGAAGAGAGACGCUGAUCGCCAAGCUCAUGAAGCCGUCAACGCUGCUCAUGCCGCGGGUCGCAUUGUUCAUCUCGAGAAUAUCAAGUCAAUCCGCGACCAGAUCUCGACUAAUGUGAAGAAGUCCGACAUCAAGCCCGGCUUUGGAAAUAAGGCUCAGCCUGCUCCUGCUUUUGACGAAAUGGCUUACAGCGCUGACUCCAUUGCCUGCCACACCUUGAAGCCGGCUCCCCUUCGGAUUCCGUCGCGCACGAAGCAGCCUUCCGUCGAAGGCUCCGAGAAGAAGGAAAGGGUCACUCCUCGGACGCCGGCUGCUCAGCUCCCCGGCGAGCUCAAGGUAAACAAGGGCAAGCAUCGCGUGGGAAAUGUGCUUUCUGAGGCUCCUGGAAUUGAUGUUAGCGAGACUGGUAUUCAGAACAAUCGCAACCAAAUUGCGUCUUCCACCCGUCAGAAGACUGGCUCCAUCAACUUCAGCCGGCCCCAGAACAAGAAUGGUCAAAACCACAAGCAGUCGGACGCUCCUUCCAACAAGUCCUCUUCCCCUGCCGGUGGUAAGAAGAACAAAGCUUCUGCCCGCGACAAGCGCGGGAAGAAAUCGGCCUCCAGCGCUUCAGAGAAGGAGACACAGCCCGGCGGUUACCAGGUACCUUCCAGAGAUGAGCUCAACAGCUUCUUCGGCACGAAGAACCAGCCUGGCCCGGUUGAUGCCUGGCUCAAGGAGGCUGCAUAUCGUCAGAAGCGCAAGGAGGUUGAGGCCGCUGUCGCGGCCGCCAAGGCUGCGCAAGCUGCGAAGGCUUCGCAGGCUUCUCAACCCGCUCAAGUAUCCCGGCCUACUACUCAUACUUCUCAUGUCGCUCAGAACUCAGAUCGCCAGAGCUUUACUGCUGGCGACUACCAGGACCUGAUCCAGGAUGACUACAAUGACCUGAUCCGAGAGUCUCCUGAGAAGAAGCAGGCUACUCACACGCAGGGAGAUACCUCUCGUGUCGUCUCUCAGACCGUCGACUUCAACGGCCAGUACCCCCAGACUCAGCAGCUCGCCGGAGCUCGUCACCAUGGUGGUGGACCAGCGCUCCCGCCCACCCCCGCUUCUGCCUACCGGCCCCGCGUUGCCGCCGCCAAGACCACGGACGAGAUGAUGGGCGAGCUUGAUGACUUCUUCGCUGAGGAGAACGAUCACCUGUACGAGAAGCCCGGCCGCGCCUCGACUUCCACCGCUGGCUCUUCUAAGCAGCAGGAGCCCUGGGACGAUCCUGCCUACAACGAGGAGGCUCUGCGGUACGGCUACGCCUACAUGCAGAACAACCACACCCCUCUGCCCGACAACUUCGAGCCCGUCCCUCUGACCCGUGAUCAGCGCCGCCAGGUCCUGGCCGCCAACAGCAUCGCCGAGGCCGACUACCCCGUCCCUCCCGCCGGCUACCCUACUCCGGCUGGCCCUGCCGAUGGCGAGAACACGCCUCCCUGCCCGACCCGCCCCCCUCCUUCCGUCCCUGCUCCUGGCACUGGCACUGGCACCGGUGGAGGCACUGGUCAAGGACGCCAGAGAGGAAGCGCCGAGCAGGUCCAGAGCCUCCGUCGAGCCCCUCGUCGCUUCCAGCGUGCCGCGACUGCUCCUACCUCCGCUCCCAAGAGCCCUGCUCCCGGCUACGACGACGACUGGUUCUAG